GUGAAGAUGGAGGACGACGGUGUGAUGUCAGCAUUUGACCGCAGCAUCACCACUUAGCCACCAUUAGCUUCCAUUAGCUUCCAUUAGCCAGCGGUGGCAGCUGCUAGCGGCUAACACAUGCUAACAGCUGCCCAAACAAGCUAAGGGCAGCUAGCACGAAGAAACAGGAGCUAACAGCAGCUAGCAGAAGCUAACAGCAGCUAAAAGGUCACUGAUGCCGGUCAUGGACCUGUGUAAAAAAUGACUGGUCCAACCAAGGCCAGACAGCCAUGAACCCCUAGGAGACAGAGCAGGGCAAGGUUCUUACGCUUGAGUCCGGUGCAGCACCUCGCCAGUACCACAACAGCAGAUCUGGCACCAACCAAGAACGAUCCAAGCGCUGUGAAACAACGACCCAAGGAGGCGCCGGCUGAAGAGCCAGUGGGUCUCAGCCCCACAGCCCCCAAGAGCACGACAUGGAGACGCAACAUGGAGCCAAGCAGCCCAUUCCCCGGCCUGCUGUGACACGUUACCGCAGACAGGGCGACAGUGAGGCCCGCAUCAGAGCCCAGCAGCAAAGGCACCGGCUGAGACAGCAGAGAGAGACGGAGAGAGCACAGCUGCUAGCACAACAAGACAUGGCCCAGGAAGACGAUGGAGAGAGGGAUGAUUCAGUGUUAGCCCGCUCUGCCAGCACUGAGAGCGGCUUUCAUACCCAUACUGACCGGGCGGAGGGCGAUGAUGGCCUGGUAAUGGUGUCCAUGGAGCCUGGGCUGGAGGACGACACCACCAACUAUGGACUUCAGCUACGUCCGGAAGCUGAGGGCUACACUGAGAGAGCUGAAUCCGAACAGCAAUCAAACUACCCCCCUCUACCGUGCCAUCAACAGUCUAACCCACAGAGACAGGACGAGUCCAAGGCUACAUCCACCCCAGAACACCCCAACUACAUCUGUACUCCGUCUGCCAGCAUCUCUGGAGGACAUGUGGACAUUACAGACGUGGAGCGUUUAGAUGCCGAAGCGGCAGAAGAAGCAUACUCCGAACCUUACGACAUUUACUCCCUUUCUGAGCACGUCUACGAGGAAAUCUGUGACGCUACGUUGGUUUCUUCAGCUGCGGACGGAGCUGAGGACAGAGAUUCUCUCCAGCAGAGAAGAGCUAACUUCCGUCUGUUGGACGGCCAGGCGUCAUCUGGGGACUACCAGCAGCAGCAAGAGGCUGUGGGAUCUCGUCUGCGACAUUAUGACGAACGGUCAGACGGAGAGUCUGACAGUCCAGAGAAAGAGGCGGAAUUCGCCCCGUACCCUCGCGCUGACAGCUGUGAGCAGGAGGAAGACUUUGACAGCCUCGUGGCGCAGGUGAAAGACAGCCAAAGCUCGAUGAGUCUUCAGUGUAUUACUGAAGACUUCGUCCAUGAAGACGGACACUGUGAACUACUCGGAUCUGAUGACCAAAUUGAUUCUGAUAAAAGUGUCCAAGAUGCCAAGCGUAGCAAAACGCAGACUUUUAGUCCAUCAGAGGAGAUGGCCGCAGUCCGAAAUAGCCAAGAGAAGCGGGAUGCUAUAUCUCUGGCCAUCAAGGACAUCAAGGAGGCCAUAGAGGAGGUGAAGACCCGAGCAGUGAGGUCUCCUUACACUCCCGAUGAACCAAAGGAGCCUAUUUGGGUCAUGAGGCAAGACCUCAGCCCCACUGCAGAGUGUGACCUGCAAUCAUCGCUUGGGGGGGAUUCUCCUGGUUCCGGGUCUCCUUCUCCUUGUGGAGCAGAAUCAUCCAGCAGACUUCUGCUGGCCGAUGACAGCCUGGAAGCGUCUGCGUCCAGUAAAGAGUGCAGAAGAAGUCUUGCAUCGUUCCCCACGUAUGUUGAAGUGCCGGGCCCGUGUGACCCAGAAGACCUGAUUGAUGGGAUCAUCUUUGCCGCCAACUACCUGGGAUCUACUCAGCUGCUGUCAGACAAGACCCCGUCCAAGAACGUCCGCAUGAUGCAAGCCCAAGAGGCGGUCACCCGCAUCAAGGCGGCUCACAAAGGAUCUCAGAACAGAAAGAAGGUCCCUGAGGAUGAAGGCCAGCCAAUGACGGAGGUUGAUCUCUUCAUCUCCACCCAGAGAAUUAAAGUACUUAAUGCUGACUCCCAGCCACAGGAGACCAUGAUGGACCAUCCUCUGCGCACCAUCUCUUACAUCGCUGACAUCGGCAACCUGGUGGUUCUGAUGGCCCGCCGGCGUUUGGUCCGCCAGGACUCUGAGGACAACAUGGAGGCCUCAGAGCCAGAAGUGGACAGCAAGCGGCAGUACAAGAUGGUCUGUCACGUCUUUGAAUCCGACGACGCCCAGCUCAUUGCUCAGUCUAUUGGGCAGGCCUUCAGCGUGGCCUACCAGGAGUUCUUGAGGGCCAACGGCAUCAACCCAGAGGACCUGAGCCAGAAGGAAUACAGCGACCUGCUCAACACGCAGGACAUGUACAACGAUGACCUCGUUCACUUCUCCAAGUCGGAAAACUGCAAAGAUGUGUUACUGGAGAAAGCGAAAGGCGAGAUAUUGGGUGUGGUCAUCGUGGAGAGCGGCUGGGGCUCCAUCCUGCCCACCGUCAUCAUCGCCAACAUGAUGCACGGCGGGCCAGCAGAGAGGUCUGGCAGACUGAACAUCGGGGAUCAGAUCAUGUCCAUUAACGGUACCAGUUUGGUGGGUCUGCCACUGUCCACCUGUCAGAGUAUCAUCAAGGGUCUUAAAAACCAGUCCCGCAUCAGGAUGAACCUGGUGAGAUGUCCCCCAGUGACCACGGUGCUCAUCCGGCGACCAGACCUCCGCUACCAGCUGGGCUUCAGUGUCCAGAACGGCAUUAUCUGCAGUCUGAUGCGGGGUGGGAUUGCUGAAAGGGGCGGAGUCCGAGUGGGUCACCGCAUCAUUGAGAUCAACAGCCAGAGUGUGGUCGCCACCCCCCAUGAAAAAAUUGUCCAGGUCCUGUCCAACGCAGUGGGAGAGAUCCACAUGAAGACGAUGCCAGCAGCCAUGUAUCGCCUGCUCACAGCCCAGGAGCAGCCAGUUUACAUUUAACUGCCGCACCUUUCAAAGCUUCUAUUGUCCGGUGAUGGACCUAAGUGAGCAGGAGUCUCUCCCAGCUGACAGGUGAGGUCCACCUUGGUCACCAUGCCAGCCAAUCACAGAGCUCGUACGGAUAAAAAAAGAAAAAUCAUCACAAUUCAAUCACAAUUACUCAAUUUUAUUGAUUCUUUUUUCUCCACGCUUGUUUUAAAUAAAACUUUACUCAUAUGUUAAACAUUUUCCAAAAAUGUUAUUGAUGGGAUGAUCUUCUUUAGCCAUGUGAUUAUGGAAAUUGUUAAUGAUGGCAUUAUCUUCUUUAGCCAUGUGUUGAUAUAUCAUGAUGGUAUUAUUUUUAUCCAUAUAAUGAUUUAUCAUGAUGGCAUUAUCUUCUUUAGCCAUGUGAUGAUAUAUCAUGAUGGCAUUAGCUUAUUUAGCCAUGUGAUGAUGAUGUAUCAUGGUGGCAAUAGAUUAUUUAGCAAUGUGAUGAUGGUAUAUCAUAAUGGCAUUAUCUUCUUUAGCCAUGUGAUGAUGAUAUAUCAAGAUGGCAUUAGCUUCUUUGGCCAUGUGAUUAUAUGUCAUGAUGGCAUUAGCUUCUUUAGCCAUGUGAUGAUAUAUCAUGACGGCAUUAGCUUAUUCAGCUACGUGAUGAUGAUGUAUCAUGACAACAUUAUCUUCUUUAGCCAUGUGAUGAUGAUAUAUCAUGAUGGCAUUAGCCUCUUUAGCCAUGUGAUGAUAUAUCAUCAUGGCAUUAGCUUAUUCAGCCACGUGAUGAUGAUGAAUCAUGAUGGCAAUAGAUUCUAUAGCAAUGUGAUGAUGAUGUAUCAUGACAACAUUAUCUUUUUUAGCCAUGUAAUAAUGAUAUAUCAUGAUGGCAUUAGCUUUUUUAGCCAUGUUAUGAUAUAUCAUGAUGGCAUUAGCUUAUUCAGCCACGUGAUGAUGAUGUAUCAUGAUGGCAAUAGAUUCUAUAGUAAUGUGAUGAUUAUGUAUCAUGACAACAUUAUCUUUUUUAGCCAUGUAAUAAUGAUAUAUCAUGAUGGCAUUAGCUUUUUAGCCAUGUGAUGAUAUAUCAUGACGGCAUUAACUUAUUUAACCAUGUGAUGAUGGUGUAUUAUGAUGACAUUACCUUCUUUAGUCAUGUCAUUAUAAUAUAUCAUGAUGGCAUUAUCUUCUUUAGUCAUGUGGUGAUAUAUCAUGACGGCAUUAACUUAUUUAGCCAUGUGAUGAUGGUGUAUUAUGAUGACAUUAUCUUCUUUAGUCAUGUCAUUAUAAUAUAUCAUGAUGGCAUUAUCUUCUUUAGUCAUGUGAUGAUGAUAUAUCCUGAUGGCCUUAGCUUUUUUUUACCCAUGUGAUGAUGGUGUAUCAUGAUGACAUUAUCUUUAGCCAUGUGAUGAUGAUGUAUCAUGAUGGCAUUAGCUUCUUUAGCCAUGUGAUGAUGAUGUAUCAUGAUGGCAUUAGCUUCUUUAGCCAUGUGAUGAUAUAUCAUGACGGCAUUAGCUUAUUCAGCUACGUGAUGAUGAUGUAUCAUGACAACAUUAUCUUUUUUAGCCAUGUAAUAAUGAUAUAUCAUGAUGGCAUUAGCUUUUUAGCCAUGUGAUGAUAUAUCAUGACGACAUUAACUUAUUUAGCCAUGUGAUGAUGGUGUAUUAUGAUGACAAUACCUUCUUUAGUCAUGUCAUUAUAAUAUAUCAUGAUGGCAUUAUCUUCUUUAGUCAUGUGGUGAUAUAUCAUGACGGCAUUAACUUAUUUAGCCAUGUGAUGAUGGUGUAUUAUGAUGACAUUAUCUUCUUUAGUCAUGUCAUUAUAAUAUAUCAUGAUGGCAUUAUCUUCUUUAGUCAUGUGAUGAUGAUAUAUCCUGAUGGCAUUAGCUUUUUUUUACCCAUGUGAUGGUGUAUCAUGAUGACAUUAUCUUUAGCCAUGUGAUGAUGAUGUAUCAUGAUGGCAUUAGCUUCUUUAGCCAUGUGAUGAUGAUGUAUCAUGAUGGCAUUAGCUUCUUUAGCCAUGUGAUGAUGGUAUAUCAUGAUGGCAAUAUAUUCUUUAGCCAUGUGAUAAUGCUGCACCAAAACUGCUUUUAGUGUGCGCGUGUGUGUGUGUGUGUGUGUGUGUGUGUGUGUGUGUGUGUGUGUGUGUGUGUGUGUGUGUGUGUGCGU